AUGAGCGGCGGUCUGGCACCGAGUAGAUCGACAGUUUAUGUCUCUAAUUUACCAUUCAGCAUGACAAAUAAUGACAUACACAAGCUAUUUUGUAAGCACGGCAAAAUUGUUAAAGUUACCAUCAUGAAAAAUAAAGAAACUAGGGAAAGCAAGGGAGUUGCCUUCAUUUUAUUUUUAGAAAGACCUUCAGCCCUAGCAGCUGUUGAAGCACUUAAUAACACCGAGGUUAUAGGAAGAACGAUCAAAUGCAGUAUAGCUCAUGAUAAUGGUAGGGCUAGCGAUUAUAUUAAAAGAAAGAAUUAUCCGGAUAAAACUAGAUGUUUUGAAUGUGGCGAAUUUGGCCAUCUAAGCUAUGCUUGUCCAAAGAAUAUUCUUGGCACCAGGGAGCCUCCCAAGAAACCAAAGAAAAAGCGCAAAAUUAUGCCUAGUAGCCCUGAUCAUGAUAAUGUAGAAGUUGAUAACGUAGACGAUGAGGGUGAAUUCGAUGAUUAUACAUUAAGCCAUGCUAUCCAAGAAACUGCUGAAGAAGAAGCUCGGAGGAAAGUUGCAGAAAUGGCCGCAGCCAGGGGUGGUUCUGAAAAGUCGCAUCAAAAUUCUUCUAAAAGGAAAAUGCUUAAACCAAGUUCUUAUUUUAGCGAUGAAGAUGAU